ACAGCGACAAACGUAAACAAACAAUCACACAAAAUAGCACUUUCCGUGCUCGUUCACGAAUAUUCUGUUAAUUCUGUAGUAAUAAGACUAAAAUAAAAGCACAAACAACUUCAAAAUGCAUAGAACCAGCGGUACGGCCCGAUCCAUACUGUCCGAGAUAAAGAUGGAGGUCGAUUCGCACACACAGCCACGGGCCGGCUCCUCGAAAGCCAGCACCGACGACGACGAUCUUUACGAGGAGGAAAUUACCCUACUGGCCGAUUUCGACAUAUGCCUGGACGUGGACGAUCCGAACCUCCACAUCAAGGUGGUCGGAAUCGAUUCCGAACAUCCCGUGAUCCAGGUGAACGACGAGGUGUACCAGGGCACAACGGACUUCGCCUUCGGCACGAACGUGUUCUUCGAAAAGGAUGCCAAAGCGACGGCGGAUCUGGAUCCGGUGUUCGAGAACAACAUCAAAGACCUGUACCGGCACGUGGGCAGUACGGAUAAGGUGCUGCGGAUGAAGCGAAUAUUCAUCACCGCAAAGGAGCAAGACGCCCGCGAACAGCAGGACCACCAGUCGUCUGCGGCGAGCGAACGGAACAGUUCGGGCGAUGAGACCCGGCAACCGGACGGUAGAAAGAAGUGGGAAGUCAACAUGACGUACGAGGAGGCACUGAAUAUGCACCUAGCGGAGGGCAGUGUGCCUAGCCGCCACAUAACGGGGACAUUAAAUGGAGAGGAACUGGUGCAAAAUCGCAACAUCAAGGGCGAACCGAUGGAUGCUGAACAUGAUGAUGAUGAUAAUAGUGGGGAUGUGUAACAACACAUGAAAAGCGCCAUUCCUUUACGCAUUCGUUAAGUACUCCCCGGAAGAUUCUUUCAAACUCCCGCGUUCCACGUCUGCAACAAAUACACUUUUUACAUAAAAUGCAUUAAGACUGUCUUGUCGAUAGGUUUAUUUUGUAUACGUUUUAUAUGCAUUGUAUAUGUGUAAAAAUACGCUAUGAACGAACGGCUAAGGAAUUUGCGGAAGGAGGAGCGGGAAGUGGCGACAACACUAGAACGAAACAUUCCGUUUUCCCGCCAAUCUCGGAAGGUAUUACACUACUUCACACACGCGACCCAUCUCUCCGCUAUUAAAUGGAGGAGACGGGGAUGGGGAGCACUUCCUUAAAAUUGUAGUGUAAUUUCUUAGCAUACUACUACGAAUACGAGUGGAAUAUGAGUUGUAUGGUAGAAGAGGGAGGGAGACGACCAAGAACACUGAUAAGCGAAAACCGAGGGAGAAAAAAACUCCCCCCCCCCUUUAAAAA